AUGGGUCAAGAUCCGCGUGUCCUGCUACAAAAGGCCGAUAAAGCUCUGCAGAGCGCCUCUGGUGGCUUCAGUUUAUUUGGCGGCCGAACGGAAAAAUACGAAAAUGCAGCAGAUCUGUAUACUCAGGCUGCGAAUGCGUUCAGAGUCCAGAAGCUGAACAAGGAAGCUGGUCUUGCGUUGGAGAAGGCCGCGGCCAUCCAGUCCAAGAACCUCAACGAGCCGGACGAUGCGGCCAACAGCUUAACUGAAGCUUUCAAGGUGUAUCGCAAGACCGAUCCCGAGGACGCUGUCCGGGUGCUGUCCAGCGCAAUCCAACACUACAUCUCCAAAGGCAACUUCAGACGAGCCGCGACCCACCAGCAGAACUUGGCGGAGGUGUAUGAAGUCGAGAUUGGCGAUAUGAAGAGGGCUCUGGAAGCCUACGAGAAAGCCGCGGAGUGGUUUGAAGGCGAUAAUUCCGAAGCGCUGGCGAAUAAGCAUUACCUUAAGGUAGCUGAGCUUGCUGCUCUAGAAGGCGACUAUUACAAAGCGAUCGAACACUUCGAGAGGGUUGGCAAAUCCUCCGUCAACAACAACCUGAUGAAGUGGUCCGUCAAGGACUACUUUCUCAAGGCAGGAAUCUGCCAUCUGGCGGUCAACGAUCUUGUCGCUACCAACCGUGCCCUCGAGAGCUACAGAGAUAUCGACCCAACAUUUGCUUCCACCCGGGAGCACCAGCUUUUGGUAGACCUGGUCCAGGCCAUCGAGCAAGGCGACCAGGAACUCUUCUCGGACAAGCUGUUGCAGUAUGACCAGCUCAGCAAGCUCGACAAGUGGAAGACGACACUACUCCUGCGCGUCAAGAACAACAUUGAAGAGACUGGCGAAGACUUUUCAUAG